AAUUGUCACUCACUUAAGACAACGAGUUCGAUCAUAGAUCCAAACACACACAAAUGGCGUCUUCUCUUCCUACAUUGUCCCGAGCCUUACCUUCCUCCUCAAGCAAACCUCCUUCUCCCUUAGUUCCCUUCCCAUCUCCUUCCCUCAAAAUCACCACUUCCACUCCCUUCAUCCCAUCUUCCAUCUCCCUCUCUUCACGCGGCGCGUCCUUCGCCAUCCCACGUGCAACUCCCGCCUCCCACGGAUCUGGCUCCGACGAAACUCUAGCCAAAACCACCUUCCACGGUCUCUGCUUCGUAUUGAAAGACAACAUAGACACAGACCAGAUCAUCCCAGCUGACAAAGCCACCAUCUUCCCUUCCAACCAGCAAGAACGCGACGAGAUCGCUUCCAACGCUCUUUCCGGUCUACCUGACUUCCACACAACCCGGUUCGUUGAGCCAGGAGAGAUCAAGUCUAAAUACUCCAUCAUAAUUUCUGGUGAGAACUUUGGUUGCGGGUCGUCGCGUGAACACGCUCCUGUUUGUUUAGGAGCAGCCGGAGCUAAAGCAGUUGUUGCUCAGACUUACGCGAGGAUCUUUUUCCGUAACUCGGUGGCUACGGGGGAGGUGUUUCCGCUCGAGUCAGAGGUUAGAGUCUGCGACGAGUGUACGACGGGAGACACGGUGACGAUCGAGCUGAGAGAUAGUGGUGGUUUGUUGACUAAUCACACGACCGGUAAGCAGUAUAAGCUGAAGGCGAUAGGUGAUGCUGGACCGGUUAUUGAUGCUGGUGGUAUCUUUGCUUAUGCGAGGAAGGUGGGAAUGAUCCCAUCUCCAUCAGUAGCUUAACUCUCUUCGCAUGUGUGUUAGAGUUCUAUAUUCUCUUUCACUUUGUUGUUGUUCUAUGUAAUGAAUAAGAAAACAUGUUCCAAGAAAAUGAUUGACAAACAAUGUGUUCCAUUUGAUCACAUAUUAG